AUAUGAAUCUAGUUUAGCAUAGAUUUCAUAUCUAGAUCUAUCUAAUAGUAUAGAUUACUAUAAAUGUACGAAAUAUUGUUCAACAUAAAAAAGUAACCAUUAUAUUAUCUAUUUACACAAUUUUGUUUCACUCGGAGCUUGCAACAUGGCAGAGCUGAAUCUAAGUGGAGUGGAAGUUCUCCAAAGUGAAAUUGAAAAAUCGAAGGAUAAGCUUCGUAAUUACAAUGAAAACAUUAAAAAAUUAACAGGACGAGAUCCAAACCGUCCAGGAGUAAAACGAUUGCUAAGUGGGGAAGGAGUAGAGAGAGAAGAAGAUGGUUAUUCUGGGAGAAUCGCUAGAGGUAGAGGUCGACUGUUUGGCUUGGCCAGGCGAGGCAUUAUGGAUGAUAGUGGUCCCCCAACCAAGAGGAGAGUCAUUGGGGGAGGAGCUUUCACAAGAUUGGGGCCAGCGCCAGUGCCAGCCAGACGGAGAGCAAGGGAAGACAGCCCAUAUGAGGAAGAGCCACCUACUAAGCUGUCUGUGCAGUCCUCCGUAGUGUCUACCUCUAGAGAAACAAAAAGCAGGAAAGAAAUCAUGCAGGAGCAGACCAAAGAUAAAGAUGGAAUGCAAAGAAAUAGAAGGAUGUUUGGACUACUCCUUGGAACACUCAAUAAAUUUAAAACAGAAUCUAAAACUUUGGAAACGAAAGAAGUGCAGAGGAAAAAAAUAGAAGAGAAAUUGGAAGAAAUAGCAGAGAAAGAGAAGAAAAAAUUCAAACUGGAAACAAAGCUUCUAAUGGAAGAAAUGCACAUAGAACAAUCUAAAAUUUCUCGCCUGGAGCAAAAAAUGGAAAUGGUUCAAGAGCAUGCUGACAGAGCAAAAGAAAUGGAGAAGCUAAAAAACUUUAUUGCAACCAAGGCAAAGCCGAGAAUAUUUUGGAAGCCAGUGCACAAUUCAUCGAUGAUUGAGAACAAGUUGAAAGAAUCCAAGAAAGUGGUUGAUGAAAUGCUUCAGGAAGGAAAAGAUCGCUUAGAAAAGGAAAUCAAAGAAUUAAUGGAACGGGAAUAUAAACGGGAAGAGCGUAUUAAAAUGAGAUUGAGGGAGGAUGGUCUAUUUGGGGAUGAAGAUGAGGCAGUGAGAGAUGACCAGGGAAAUAAGGAAUCUAAUGAGGUUGUAGUAGUGGGGGGUGCCAACAGAGAGGCUGUAACAGUGGGGGGUGUCAACAGGGACAUAAAGCAGGAACUGGAAUCUAGUUUUAACAAAGCAGAUGCUGAGGGGUCAGAGUCUCCUCCUUCUAGAGAUCAGUUAAAGUCUAAAUCUCGUCGGACUGUUGUCUUAGAGAGUGAGAAAGAUGAGAAGAGUGAGGCUGACAGUGACAUAGACGACACAGAGGGUGGUAGGGAGACUAACAGGAAAGACUUGGACACUGUAAACAGAAAGAAACAAAGCAAAGAGAAAGAAGAUGAAUCUAGUUCUGAGGAAGAGGACAAUGCUAAAGUUGAGAGGCGGGAGUCUGAGGGAAGGGAGGCUAAAAGGUCAGUAGAGCUACAAAUAAGUGAUAGGAGUAGGGAGAAUCAGAGGUUGAAAAAAACUGACCAUCCUGAUGUUGAGAGAGAAAGGGGAGAGAAGCAGGAUACUAGCAGAAGUGAAAAACAGAGGUUGAAAGAAAGUGAUGACUCUGAUGAUGAUAGUGAAAAGGGGAAGGUACAGAAUGCAAGAAAAAGAGACAGACGUGUGUCCAAAGAAAGUGAUGAGUCUGAUGAUGAAAGAGAAAGAAAGAAAAGGCAAAAUGUAAGAAGAACUGAAAAACAGAGGUCAAAAGAAAGUGAUGAGUCUGAUGAUGACAGAGAAAGAGGAAAGAAGCAGGAUGGAAGAAGAGAAAGAAAGCGUGAGGUCAUUGCUGAAAAAGAAAGUGAUAAGAAAGAGAAUGAGAGCCAUAGAAAAGAGUUGACUUCUAAGGGGGGUAAAGAUAAAUCUAAGCAGGACAGUCGACAUGUUAGAAAAGACAAAGAUAGGCGGCUAGGACAUACUAACAGUAAACACCAUAAAAGAGAUUCUAGAGACAGUCAUGACAGUGAUAGCAGCAGUGACAGUGACUCAGACAGUAAAAAGGAUAGAAAGCGAGAUAAGGAGGUCGGGGACAAAAGAUCUAAAGACCACAGUCGUCGCUCCAGGGAAAGAGCAGUCAGUGGGAAAAAUAGUAAAAAUAUCUCUAGUACUAAAAAUGAUUCAGAUUCUGAUAAUUCCAAACACUAGCUGAUCCUUGUACAUAUUCCAUUUGUUUGUAUCUUGUUGCAGCAAACAGGGCUAGCUAUUGGCUAUCCAAUGUAUUCACAUAUACGUAUGCAGAUAGGAUGCAUGCAAGUGUUGAUGUUUUUCUGUUGAUUGAUCCUUAAUGUGAGAGGCAUUGUAUUAGCUUUUGUUAAAAUCAGUUCCUAUCUUACAGCUAUGUCUUUACUUAGUGUACUUGGCAAUAAAAAAAAACAACUGGUUCAUCUAAUUAAUCAGUUAAUCUUUAAUUAGACUUUUCAUUUUUACCUAAAAUGAUUUGGGAUAAUAGUUCACUUAAUGAGUAAAUUAUUAUUAUUCUCAUUAAAUGGUUAAAUGAGCUGAAACUAUACAAAGAUUUGUCAUCCAGUGUUUGACAAAACCAGUCAUUGAGUGAUGAGGAUAAAAAAGUCCCUUAAUCUUAAAACUUUUUUUUUUAAAAAUAAUUUUGGCUUAAUCUCUAACUUUUUAUCAUUUGUUUUUUUUUUUUAUAUCUACACAAUCUGUCAAAAUAGUUCAUUAUUUUAUUUUAAAAAAUAAUUUUCCUCAUAGCUGCUGAGUAAUUGGUUUUGGCAGACAGUAUCACAAAUUGUUGAACUUUGACCUUCACAUACAAUGUCUCUCGGCACUAACCAAUGAUUUUCAUUCCACAGGGGCUGCUUAGCUUAUAUGUUAUCUUUUAGUUCUUGAAUGAGUCAAUUUUCAAGGGUUUUCAAUAUUUUUCUUAGGCCAGGCUAAUUCUAAUAUCUGUAUUAGUGUGUUGAUUGGUUCCUUGUUUCCUAUGUCACUGUAGUUUAUGCCGGAAAGAAAUGGGGGCUGUAGCAAAGGGAUGGUUAGCUCUCUUCUAGAUUUGCCUACACCACUUUUCUAAUGUAUCUGUAAAUGUUUUCUGGAAACAUCUUCUUGUUUCUUCUCAGUAUAUUUUUCAGAUUUGUUUCAGGACUUGGUAAGUAUGUCUCCAAUGAUUGAUUUGCUCUUGUUUGUUGUUGAAUACAUUUAAUUAAACAUGUUCAAGUUAGUUCUACAAUUAAAUAAAGCUUGCUAUGUUUUAAAUUGUAAAUGAUAUGUCAGUCUGGUCUUGAGGACCUAAUACUUAUGUAUACUGUUGUGUUAUAUUUUGUUUUCCUUUCUUAUUUUUACCAAUAAAUUUUCUUAAAAACA